CGUCGAGGUCAGCAUGACGCGGAGUGUAACGUCUCCAUCUGCUUUCCUUAAAUCCUUCAUUUCUCUCGUUUCUUCAUUCUUGACUAUUCAACUGAAGAAGGACUGUGCAUACAUUGUCUGGACUGUUCUGGCUGUCUGUAAUUUGCAACUUAUUCCGUCAAUACUAACUUAGUAUACUCCAUCCACAACAGUACACUCACCAUGAUUGAAGCCAUCGACACAGCUAUGAAGACCAAAACCCAUCCUCUGCCGCCCACGACGGCUCCAACCUCGGUGGCGCCCAUUCCCACCGUGAUCCCGGGCACGCCGUUCUUCCAGGAGCUCCAUUCGACGGGGCAUCGCACAUUGUGGGUGGUAACCGUCCUCAUGGCCAUCUCCUCUGUCGUCUUCUACGUUCUCGCUGCGCGUGUACCGCUGCCCAGACGAGUCUUCCACACCAUCACCUCAAUCAUAACCACCAUCUCCUUCAUCAUCUACCUAGCAAUGGCCACCGGCGAAGGCACAACCUACAAGCAUGACAUCCUGCGGCACGCCAACAAGCACGUCCCCGACACCCACGACGACAUCUUCCGCCAAGUCUUCUACCUCCGCUACAUCAACUGGUUCCUGACCGAGCCGCUCCUGCUCUUCAACCUGUCUCUGGUCUCCGGCCUCCCAGGCGCGCACCUGCUCACGGCCGUAGCAAGCGACUACGUCAUGCUGGCGUCGGGUCUGCUGGGCACAUUCGCAGGCCACACCGCGCGCCGCUGGGUGUGGUUCACUAUCAGUGCGAUCGGGUACCUGGUUACGGUUUAUCAGAUUGGGGUGAAUGGAUCGCGUGCGGCGAGUCGCAAGGAUGCGCAGACGAAGCGCUUCUUUGGGUCCAUGGCUGGGGCGACGUUGUUGGUUAGGGCGUUGUAUCCUAUUGCUAUCGCCGGCGGCGCUCUGGCGCUGAAGAUCGGCGUCGAUACGGAGAGUGUGCUCUUUGCUAUCCUUGAUAUUUUCAACCAGGGUAUUGUCGGAUACUGGCUGUUGCUGUCUCAUGACAGCACUCCUGAGAUUGCCAUGUACAUCGACGGCUUCUGGUCCAACGGGGUCGGCAACGAGGGUGCAAUCCGGAUUACCGAGGAAGAUGGAGCUUAAGUUCGACAGCGUGGCUGUGGAACAGGAUGGAGAUGAUCAGUGUGGUGUUGUUACCUACAGUACACUGAGGAUGGAUAACGAAGAGAGUACAAAGGAAAAGUGGUAGCAUCAAGUUCGAAAAGUGUUUCGAUGGAUAAUUCGAGGAAUGUUGUCGACGAGGACAGUAAGACAACUGGAAGAUAGGUAGUACAUUUGAUUAGGACAGUAUGUAAUGGCAUAAUCUAUUUGUGUAAUUAAGUAAC